AUGCCCUCUGUGGCCAAACAGGGAAAGCGAGCAGCAUGCAUCGACGAGAGUGUAUGUUCGACACCCGAGUACCUGUUUGUUUUAUUGCUACAUUUUUUUAAUUUUUUUAAUAGGGCUAAAAAUGGCCCAGGCUUAGGCUUUAAGAUUUUUUUAGGUGCACGUAGCAAGCAUAUUUUAAACUUUGACAGCCAAUUACUCGCGACCCUGCGGUGCGAUUUUUUUCUCUUUAGCAUAUUCUUGUUCAGAAUUUCCAGGGCUUUCAGAAAAAGAAUGUCGGGUAAACAAGGGUUCGGGGAUCAGAUAUACAGAGACAGAUUAUUAGUCAUAUUGAGUUUGGGACAUCUUUGGGGAAGCGGGCAUAGAUACAGAUAA